GCGCGCAUGUUUUCAAGGAACUAUUUUUCUAUCUUCGAAUCUCUGCAUACCACCUCUGGUGUUGACAAGUAUAUUGCAAGAAUCAAAAUCAUUGUUCCAUAAUGUCAAAGACCGACUCUGACACAGAUAUUUUUCACAUGGCAUCAAACGAUCAACGUGUCUGCGAACCAUGUUCAAGAGGUGAUACUGUCUCAUCUGGUUACAGCUGGUGUUCUGACUGUGAGGAAAUAUUAUGUGAUGUUUGUGACAAAUCUCACCGAGUGAACAAACUAACUCUGUCGCAUAACCUAACCGAGAUACGCGAAUUACCGUUUAUUCCGACAGAAACAGUUAUCAAAUUACGUUUCUGUGAAAAUCACCCAGAAAAGAUUGUUGACUUUUAUUGCGCAUUUCAUGACGUCGUUUGCUGUCAGACAUGCAUACCUGAUAGUCAUCGAGCUUGUAAGCAGGUUAAAGUUAUUGAUGAUGUAUCUAGUGGUAUAAAAUCGUCGGCUCUAGUGGAAGACGUAUCAAAAGCAGUUUCUUCCUUUCUGAAAACAUUUCAGUCAGUUAUAGAAAAUCGCAAAAACAAUAAAGAAUCAGUGUUUUUACAAGAAUCAAUUAUUAAAACAUCAAUAGAAAAGUUAAAACAGGAUUUACUGCAACAUGUUGAAUCUCUUGAAACAUCUCUACUUUUUGAAUUGGCAAAAUUAAAAGACGAAACCGUAUCCCAGCUUAAUGCUGAUAUAACCGAAUCAAAAUCAAUGAGCCAAAAUUGGCAGAAAAUUAAACAAGAACUUGAUUUCAAUAUCGAACAUGGCUCUAAUAACCAGUUAUUUCGUUUGGUUCAAAAGCUUAAAAAUAUGAUAUCAGAUGAGGAAAUGAAACUUCAAGACAAUUUAACAAGGACAAUGAACUUUGAUCUGAAAUACUUUGUAGAAGAAGACUUAUGCACCAUGAUUUCCUCGCAUUGCAAAGUAAAUGUUGCAAAUCAGCAUUGCGGUAUUAGCCAUAUAUCUCAAUUGGAUACAAAAGCACAGUUUGUACCAGCCGUUUUGUCUUUCACACCAGCUAAUUCAAUUGACUUAUCGUUGAAUGGAACAUGCGCAAUAUCUGGUAUAGAAAUAAUAGGCGAUAGACUAUUGUUAUGUCAUUUUAAUGCAAGCAAGAUAUUGGUGUAUAAAAAUGACGGUACAUUUAUUAAAGAAAAAUGCACUGAAAUCAAGCCAUAUCAAAUAUCAAAGAUGCCCAACGAAUCACAUGUUGCACUGACUACACUAGAUUCUUCAACUAUUUUGAUAAUUGACAGUGAAAGUUUAGAUAGCAUUCGCAUGAUAAAUACAGAAAAAUCAUACACUGCUUUGAAAACACUUGAUCAUGCGUUUAUUUUUGGCGGAGUCAAUAUUUUGGACAUUAUAUCGUUUGAUGGUAGUGUAAACCGACCUUUUACUGUCCCUAACAUUAAGGAUAGUAAAAUUCGCUGUAUACGAAAAAGACAAGACGAUACACUAUUGUUCACCAACUCCUAUAAUUUAUAUUGUAUCCGUUUAAUAGAUGGCACGUCAAUUUUUGAGUACUCUUCAACAACUGAGGCACGUGGCAUAGCUGAAGAUCAAUAUGGAAAUAUAUACGUCGCAGACAGAAGACAGAAAAAUAUACACAGGCUCGCUCCUGAUGGAUCAUUCAUUGAUAUUGUACUUACGGAAGAUGACGGAAUCGGUAUACCGAUUGCUUUGCAUUUCAGUAGCGAUUAUAGUAAACUAUAUGUAGGAAUGGAUCGAAAUAAUGUGUUGGCAGUUUUCAAAUGCAAAUGAACUAUGAAAUUUAAAUUUGUCAGUUAUAUUCCAUAAACAUUGUUGCAGUCAUUUUCGAUAUGAGAAUUUAGGGCAGCACGAUUUAAUGUCAGCAUGCUAAGACUUUGAGCUUGCUUCAAGUAAAAACUGCAAGCAUUAUUUGAUAGGUAACAUAAUUAUUUUUUGUACUUUCGUUUUUGUUAUCUAUUGCAUGCACAAACGAGGAAAGUGCUUUUCUUACAUUGAUUUUACUUUGAGUUCUUUCAUGUACAUUUUGUUAGCCAUCUGGUUGAGAUUAAAAAGGGGGAUUUGAUAUGUACAAAA